AUGACACGUCCUCCAGGUCAAGAACCUCCAGAUGAGCUGUGGAGAUCCCACGAUGCAUCUGAAUACCGGGCCUCCAGUCCAGAUACACUCGCAUCCGGAACACAUUCCGGUGGCACUGAUGAGCUUCAAGAGGACGACGGGGAGGACGGCGUGCUGUUCCGUGCAUCAACUGCAAGGUCACUCAACCGGCAAUCAGAAAGGCUGGAUGACGAAAUGCUGGCGUCGGAAACCCUGCAUGAAGCGCAUGAAGCGCACCACAAGUCAGAGGAGCACAAGGUGCAGCUUGCGUCGCAGAAAGCGGUGCCGCUGGUGGAGACGCAGUGGUUCGCCACGAUCAUGGCCACCGUGGUUCUGACCAACUCGGUAGUCAUUGGCCUGGAACUGGAGCUGAAAGAUGUGGCGCCGGCUGUGUUCUCCAUCACCAACAACGGGUUCCUGCUGAUCUACAUGUGUGAAAUCUUUCUCCGAUUCUUGGCUCGCGGCCUUCCAGCCAUCAAAGAUCCUCUUACAUGCCUGGAUAUCGCACUGGUGCUCUUAACCUUCGUGGAACGCAUGGCUGCGGGGGCUUCCAUGGCCCGGUCAUUGCCAUCCAUCCGAUUGCUCAGGUUGCUUCGGCUUAUCCGUGCCUUCAAGAGCAUGUCGAAGUCAAAAGAGCUGAUCGUAUUGCUUGGUGGCACGAGCAAGGCGGCCAGGACACUUCUGUGGACAAUCUUGUUCUUGUUCUCCAUCGUAUGGACCGCUGGUGCUUGUACACGGCAGGUCAUUGGGAGAUCGCCGGUCUGGAACGGCAGCACCAAUCCGCUUCAAGAGUUUGAGCCGUUCUCAACUUUCGACAAUCGCGAAUACUUUGGAAAUAUUUGGAUGAGCUUCUUAACGAUGUUUCAAGUGGUCACCAACGCACAGUGGGCGGACCAUGUUGGGCGACCAGUGGUUUUCAAAUAUCCCGGUUUGGCCGUCUUCUUUGCCUUCUUCUUGUUGAUGACCACUUUUGGCUUGGUGACGUGCAUCGUUUCAAACAUCGUGCAGGAUUCCUUGGAGUCAUCGCGAGCUUUCGAGAAGGCUUUGAAGGAGAUCGAGCGAGAAAAUCGACGCCUGUCCGGCCUCAGAGCACGACGCCUGCUGUUGCUCAUCGAUGAGGACGGCGACGGCGAGUUGAGUCUAACUGACUUGGAAAAAGCCUUGGAAAACGAGGAAUUCGUUGAGAUCCUGAGGCUCCUGGAGGUCCCUGUCAUGAAUGCAGAGAAUCUCAUGCGACUGUUUGACCGCGUGGGGCGCGGACAGGUGAGCUUUACAGAAUUGGUGGAAGGCAUCACUUCCAUGCUUGAGGACAUCAACCCAAAGGACUAUACCAAGCUCGCACUAUGGUCCGACAGUCUCAUGAAGCGGAUGGAGAUGCUGGAACAGCGUUGCAAUUUCUUGGCGGACAUGGUAGUCGACUUGCGCCGACAGAUUGAGGAGUGCUUCAAUUGCCUCGCUCUCUUUAUUGACUCGCGUGAGAACACGGAGCUCUACUAUCGAGCAUUGCGUGCCAUUCGCUCGGCACCACCGCCGGUACCUGUAGAUAUCCGGGUGGCUCUUGGCCUCGAGACCAAGAAGGAGAAGUUGACAGAGAACGAGGCGGAAGCGCUCAUGAAUUUUGCCAGGCGUUACAUCGCUCCCAAGCAGCAUUCCAAGAAGAGGGUCCUGCAAGAUGACUCCGACGGGUCUCCCAG